AUGGAGUGGCUUCACAUUUUUAUAGUGUUUGGAAUUUUUGAAGUUAUCCGUGCAGCCCAAAAUUCAUCAAGCUCUGCCGGGAACCCUACCUAUCUGGUCUCAGUUUCCAGAGUGGUGCGUCCUGAUACUCCAACUACACUGUCAGUUACUGUGCUCACAGGAUCUCCUGUUACAGUCAUCUCUGAGAUUAUCCUUGGGAAUACCAGCGUGGCCCAUACACAGAGUACCAUAAAAGGAGGGUCCACUAAAAUGCAAGUACUUCCUCCAAUACCUGAAGAUGAUUGGAGUUACUUGUACCCCUACAAGCUGAUUGUCACAGGCUACAUCGGGGACACUUUAAUCUUCGCCAAUUCCACUGUGCUCCAUUCCAGCCCCAGGAAUAUGUCCAUUUUACUCCAAACAGACAAGCCAGGCUACAGGCCAGAGGAAUCCGUGAAAAUCCGAGCAGUGGUCAUAAGUCCCAACGGCAAGCCGUGUGACGAAGACAUAGAUCUUGUCAUUAUGGAUCCCAGAGGGAAUAUUGUACAGCAGUGGUUGUCUAUGGACACAGUGCUCGGCACAGUAGAUAAAGAGUUCCAGCUCUCUCAGAACCCUCCUCUUGGGAGGUGGAAAAUUGUGGCAACAGCAAAUGAAGUUACGCAGGACAAGCCAUUCCAUGUCGAUCAUCAUGUGGUCCGCAAAUUUGAGGUGCUGGUGGAGGCACCAAAAGUGCUUUACUAUAAAGACCGCCUCACGUCCUCCGUCACUGCACAAUAUUAUUAUGGGAAGCCAGUUGUUGGAAACAUAUCUGUAGUAUAUAUUCACAGUUUACAUGGCAUUAAGACAUACUAUGAAGAGCAACAAAUGAUUUAUGGCACUUCAAGAUUAAGCUUGGAUGUUCCUGAUCUGUAUCGGGAUAACAACUCUAACCACUACACAGACCCAUAUCAUAUUGGAUUGGAGACCAGUGACUACAUCGACAUUAACGUGCAGGUCACAGAACUGUUAACUGGUAAUGCCUACAGUGACAUUGCAAGAGUUUCGAUUGUCAUGUCCCGAUAUGGUCUGGAGUUUCAACAGUAUGACCCGAUCAUAAAGCCGUCACUGAACUUCUCAGCCCAGCUAAGACUGUUCACCUAUAAUGACCACCCCCUGGCUCCAGUGGAUCUGAAUAGGACUGUGACUAUAACUGUCAGGGAGGAGUCUGCCAGUCCCUGGAAUCCAAGGCAAACUCCUAGAUCGAAUUCUUCCGGAUCACCCAAUUCCUCCCACCCAGUCUCCAACUUCCCUUACCCUUCUGGAACCAUUUCAGUCAAGACAUUGAAUUUGUCUGUUCCUGCUGAUGGACUUAUACCCUUACAUGUGCAGCUCUCAAAAAAUGUGACUAUGGUUAUUAUAGAGGCCCAGUAUGAGGAUGUGGACGAAACCCUGCAGUUGCACACAAGCUACUCCUCUCCGAGUAACUCUUAUAUCCAGCUCAGAAGCACCAACACACCACAGAUCGAAAAGCCUCUCCAUUUGAUUGUGGAAAGUAACUUUCCCUUAACUGUUUUUCAUUACGUGGUAACAGUGCGGGGCCAGGUGGUAGCUGUUGGGACUUUGAAUUCCUCCUUAUUUGUUUUGUCUCCUACUGUGUCGUGGAUUCCUCUGGCCAAUGUCCUGGUCUACCUCAUUCGUUCUGAUGGGGAGGUCAUCAAUGCUGCACUGGAUAUUUCCUUCACACGAAUCCUGAGAAACGAUGUUUCCCUGAGGUGGGAGAAGGACAGAGCGGAGCCAUCACAGGUGGUGUCCCUGUCUGUGUCCGUGUUGGAGGCUGAUUCCCUGGUGGGAAUACUGGUAGUGGACAAAGGGAGCAAGGACUCAGACAGGAGUAACGACAUUACGGAGGAGGAGGUGAUGGAGGAGUUGACCAAGUAUGCUAGGGAUGAAGCUCUGGAUGCGAUGAUGGGAAUGGGAGACCCGUACUCUGUUUUCAUGGUGAAUGGCGUUACGGUGCUUACAGAUGCUAGGAUGAGCGGUCACACUGAGCCCCUGACCCAUGAAAUCUCAAGGCCAGGAAGAGCACAGAUCCCUGCACUGGAGGCAGAGGGCAAAGAGGAACCGCACUGCUGUAGGACCUCCUGGCUUUGGCUGUAUAUCAACAUGAGUAUCUCUACCACAGAAUCUUUCCCACUGACGGUCCCAAACAGUAUGAUGUCUUGGGUGGCCACGGCCUUCGUCAUCUCUAAGAACCUGGGACUGGGUUUGAGCGCUCCGGUAGAGCUGGAGGUGUUCAAACACUUCUUCCUGUACCUGAAUCUUCCUCCUUACAUCAUCCGAGGGGAAGUGCUUCUGCUGGAAGUCAGUAUAUUCAAUCGUGUGGAUUGGCACCUGGAGGUGGUAGUGAUCCUAGAUGAGAGCAACAUGUUUGACCUGGUGACCUCUGAAGGGGCGGUAUCUCUUGCAGUAGCCACGCACAGGGUGCGUGUAUGGGGCAAGAGUCAUGCCACCGUGUUCUUCCCCAUCAGAGCCACCGAGCUGGGUCAUAUGCCCAUCUCUCUCCGAGCCCUCGCCCUCUACACCUCCGAUUCAGUCUUCCACACUAUCCUGGUCAAGCCAGAGGGAAUGGAGCAGUCGUUCACCCAGACGCUGUUCAUGGAGUUUGCUCCCACGAAGACGACUCUGUCCAGGGACCUGGAGUUUCACUUUCCUGCUGCUGUGGUGGAAGGCAGCCAGCGGGCCCAGGUCACUGUCGUGGGGGACAUUCUGGGGCCAUCCAUCAGUGGACUGGACUCUCUUAUUCAGAUGCCAUGUGGCUGUGGAGAACAGAACAUGGUUUACUUCGCCCCAGCAGUUUAUGUGUUACAGUAUCUGAGCCGUGUGGGCCAGCUGGAUGAGGAGACUUUAAGCAGGGCUCUGGGCUACAUGGAGCAAGGUUAUCAGCGUGAAUUGUCAUACCAGAGGUUGGAUGGGUCUUUUAGUGCUUUUGGAGACAUUGACCCUUCUGGAAGCACGUGGUUGACGGCGUUCGUGUUGAAGUGCUUCGUUCAAGCUCAGCCGUUCAUCUUUAUCGACACAGCAGUUCUGACGAAGGCAGCGGGUUGGCUGAGGGCCCAGCAGACACCCACAGGAGCCUUCCAGGAGCCCGGCAGGGUCAUCCACACGCAGCUCCUCGAUGGGCUGGGCGGCCAACUGUCCCUCACCGCAUAUGUCCUCGUGGCUGUGCUGGAGGACCCAGAAUACACGAAUAUCUUUGCAGGACAGAUAUCUGGUGCAGUUGACUACCUGACCUUCAAACUCAAACAAGGCAUUUCCAGUAGCUACAGCCUGUGCCUGGUGACCUAUGCCCUAACGCUGGCCCAUAGCCCCUUCGCUGGCACAGCACUCACUGAGCUAAUGAACAGAGCCCAGGUGCAUGAUGGUGUGCCAAUGUGGAGCUCCCCUGACGACAGCCUGGCAACCUCCUGGCAACCACCCACAGCCGACAUCGAGAUGGCAGCCUACGUGCUGCUGACCCUCUACAGACAGGGCAUUCCAGAGCAGGGCUAUGCUCUCAUGAAGUGGCUCCUCCAACAGAGGAACUACAUGGGAGGAUUCGGCUCCACUCAGGACACAGUGAUUGCCCUGCAGGCUCUCUCGGCCUAUGCCACACUAAGCAGCUCCGAGCAGAUCAAUCUCGCCAUCAGAGUGACCUCAGCCACGGCCACGGUAGCCAGCUUCACCGUAGACCGAAACAACUACCUGCAGUACCAGAGCCAGGAGAUUGAAGCCAAGGAGAAGCUUCACAUCGAGGUGUCAGCAUCGGGCCGGGGUUUCGCACUGUUCCAGCUCACUACAUUUUACAACAUAGAGGCUCAGGAGAUGACUCACAGGCUUCAUGACGCUUACACACACGAGGCGUUUGAUUUGUACAUACACAUCAUCGACUUUGACUUAUACAGUGUCAGCAUUCACAUAAUUUUCCGGCUAAAGGAGAACAAGGUGGUGAAUCAGACUAGUAUGACCAUUUUGGAGGUUGGCCUUCUCACUGGCUUUGGUUUGGCUCAGGAGGGCAUCCCUCUAAAUGACCUGGUUCGACGAGUGGAGACAUCGCCAGGCAAAGUCAUCCUCUAUUUAGACUCAGUAAAGACCACUGAUGCAUCGGUGUUAAUCCCAACCACGCUAGAGUUCAAAGUGACCGGUGUUCAGGAGGCGGCUGUUGUCAUUUACGACUACUAUGAGCCACGGAGGAAGACAGUAAGGACAUACAUGUCUGAGACCAGACACAAGAUGGCUUUUUGUGAUUUUUGCGGGGAAGACUGCUCCCAGUGCGACCUCCAGACGCAGCCCGUGUACAACACCGUAUUCUCCUCACACGCCCUCCGGUGUGUGCCGCAAAGCCUGGCCCUGCUGCUUCUCCUCUCCUUGGCCCUUUGUUUCUAAAUAAAAUUAUGAUUAUAGUCCCUAUAAAGUCCCUCAAUCUGAAGUUCCUCUUGUGUAGAUAGGAUUGAUUUGGACUGAGGAAACUGGGGUCUGUGAGAUUGUGUUGGCUCAUGGGUAAAGUGU